AUGUCACAAGCGCAGAAAAAUAUCCACAAAUUCUGGCCAAAUAUAAUGCGCGAAAUGCAGGCGACUCGCAACGUCAAACUUGGCCGUGAGCUUCUAUCGCUUCGGCGUAUAAAGAAAAUCAUGAAACUGGAUGAAGAUGUUCACUGGAUCUCUUCAGAGACACUGCUGUUGUUCGCGAAAGCUAUCGAAAUGUUCGAAAAUCGAAAAAUCGAAACAGUGCGAGCCUGGUUGCAUACGGAGGACGAUGAACGCCGUAGGCUGCGACGCAGUGACAUCGUGAUGGCAACCAGCAAGUACGAUCAGUUUGACUUUCUCAUCGACAUCGUACCGCGGGAUGACAAGAAGGAUUAUACCACGAUAAAGGCAGCCGGCGUUGUCGAGGACGAUACUCAGUAUUCGAUACACUAUUCGAUAUUCUCAGCCGGCUCAGAAGGACCAACAAGCCACAGCUACAACGACUGCUGCAAGACUGGUCACUAG